UUAGCAACGUCGGAGCAUAAACUGCUUUAUCAAUAUUAUUGAUGAAUAGGAUGAAGAGGAGAGGCCCAAGAACACUUCCUAGGGGCAUGACAGAAAAUACUAGUGCCCAAUACAACUCCGACCAGUUCAGUACUACUCUUUGAUUUGGCCCAUUGAGCCAUGAUUCAGUAUAUUUGUCCAGUGAUACCAUGUGCUUUUAUCUUGGAGGGAAGAUGCUGAUGUGGUACAUGAGCAAAUGCCUUUAAGAAGUCAAGAUAGAAAACAUCAAUGUUGUGGCCUUGAUCAAGAAGACUAACACAAUGUCAUUGAGACAAAGUUCAAAUUAUGUUUGGUCUGUUGCUGAUGUCAUUGGGCAUGGAGCAACAGGAUGUGUUUACAUUGCCAGAAGCAAGAAAGAUGGAAAACCAUAUGCAGCAAAAGUUUUUAUGAUGUCCGUACAAAUGCGCUCAUCUCAAAUCAGAAUGAGGGAAACUGCCUUGCUGAGAAAAUUGCAACAUGAAAAUGUUGUAACACUUGUUGCUGAAGAGGCUGAGGUUGGCUCAAAAGCCACAGUGUUGAUCAUGGAGCUGUGUGAUUCAAGUUUGUACCACAUUCUUGAACUUCCAGAGAAUUAUUAUGGCUUGUCUGAAGAUGAAUUCAAAUGUGUUUUACAGGAUGUAGCUUCUGGAAUGAAGUAUCUCAGAGAGCACAAUGUUGUACAUAGGGAUGUGAAACCUGGAAAUAUUUUGCGAAAGCGAUCAUCAACUGGAGGGUCAAUUUACAAGCUCACAGAUUUUGGGGCGGCAAGACAAUUAAAUAAUGCAGACCAAAGUUUUAUGUCUAUAUAUGGAACUGAAGAGUACCUGCAUCCAGACGUUUACGAAAAGGCAGUGAUGAAGAAUUUUAGCAACAAAAAAUUCACCGCAGCAGUUGAUCUGUGGAGCAUGGGGGUCACAUUCUACCACGCUGCGACAGGACAGCUGCCAUUUAGGCCGUAUGGGGGCAGACAAAACAAAGACACAAUGUUCGAGAUAAUAAGUAGAAAGGGCCCGAAAAUAAUUUCUGGCAUACAAAGAAGUAAUGGCGGCCGUAUAGAGUACGAUGAUGACCUACCGGAGGAGACAAGAAUAUCAAAGGGUUUGAAAGUCCUAUUGCGGCCAGUAUUGCAGGAGCUUUUAGAAACAAGUGGAGAGGGUUUGGAGGACCUUAUCAGUUUUGAACAAUUUCACAAAAAGGUUGAAGACAUCGCCUCUCGACAGGUGGUCGAUGUUUUUGCUUUGGGUUCAAGCACAUUUCACAAGAUCUACAUGAAAAAAGAUGAGCAGUUUGAAGAUUUGAAAAAGAGCAUUGCGACCCACACUGACGUAAAAGAAGAGGAACAGCUGCUAUUUUUAGCCAAUGAUGAGUUUAACCCAAGUCAAAACACCCCUUUACAUGGAUUCCCGAAAAUAUCACGUGAGAACCCUUUGAUUGUCAUUGGAGGAAGAUCCACUCCACACGCGCAAUUAUAUCAAAGAAAAAUAACAAAUCUACCCAAAAUUCCCACCGGAAAAGCAAGAUCAGAUAACGAUAUUGACAUUCUAAAGAUAUACGCAAGCAUGUGCUUUGUUUAUCAGUUCAGUGCCGAGGAGCUGUACCACACUGCAGUGGCAAUACAGCUGGCAUUUGAUACCACAUCAUCGAUCAUAAACACUAGACUGAAGCAAACGAAGGAGCUGCACAAGAGUCUGGAUAGACGAAAAAUGCUCAUCGAUCAAGUAGUUUUUAGGGCGAAUAAGGAGCUAUUCGACAUGAAAACAGCGCAACACCCCACAGUCAAUGGAGUCCAAUCUGAUUCAUAUCUACCAGAUAACCAGCGAAAUUGUUUGGAGCAACUACAAAAUUUGCUAAGCAGUACAAAACCGGCCCUGGAUGCUGAAAAUUGCUGUGUUCCGGAAACCUACAGUCUUACAAAAGCUUUUCAUUGGCAGCAGAUAUCGGAUUGCAUCAAUACAGUUAAAGAAAGAGUCGAAAGUCUUUCAAUAGUCCGUCGUGAUCUCCACUUGAAAUUUGACAACUGGUUCUUAUCUGUCAAAAACAGAUUGCAAGACUUAGGGAAAAUUGGAUAUACUCUCGCAGCGGCAGAGUCGAAUGACUUCGAGAAGAUCGCUUGCCAUGUGAUCGAUCAGAUUUCGGCAGAGAAGAUGAGACUUUUUGUCGAACGAAAUCGAAACCCAGAUUCAGGGUUGGUUCAAAUUGAAGCUGAGGUCUCGUCAUUGGAGAGAAUUCUACGAGAUGUUGUCGUUCUUGUUGAAGAAGGCGACCAGAAGUUGAUGAGUUCAAAAGAGAUAUUCGAAGAAUUAUCUACAUGUGGCUCAUAAGAAAGAAAACGAGAAACAUCAUUAAAAUAAUAGAGAUGAAAUAUCAAAUACCUUACCGGUAAAAGUUAUCAUUUUCUUAAUGUAAAUUUAUUUCAUGAAAUUAUGCAUCUUAGGUAUAGAAUAGGAAAAAAAGAAUAGGACAAAAAUUGAUUUGAUUUCCGUAUGACAAAAGCUUUUCAGGUGA